AUGGAGGUGAGCUUCAAGAAGAGCAGGCGCGCCAACGCCGGCAGGAAGCGCGCUCGGCGGCCGCAGGAGGACGCAGAGGACGCCCCCGAUGGCGCAGGCGACGCCGCGGACGUGGAGCAGAUCCAGCGCUCCAUCCAGGAGCUGCGCAAGGACCAGCGCCUGCGCGACCAGCUGCUGAAGGAAGAGCUGGCGGCCCAGAAGUCGCGGAAGGCCCAGGAGACGCCCAGCAAGGCGCCCGACAACAGUGCGCAGUACGGCCUGCACGACCCCAAGAAGGACGGCGGCUCCACCAAUCAGAAGCUGCUGACCCUGCUGGACGGACAGUUCACGGGCCAGAGCGCCACCACGGACAAGGACCAGCACGAGGAGCUCAUGAACCAGUUCAUCGAGGAGCGGCUGCAGAAGAAGAGGAAGACACAGCAGGUUUCAGCCAAUGGGGACGGAGCUUCCGACGCUGCAGCGGCGCUCCGGACCGCGGAGGACAAGCUGUUCGAGCUGCCGGACAACUUGAAGCCGGACGUCCCCAGUAGCAGCAGCGCAGGGUACGACGAUACGGCCGAGGGAGGGAUGCUCAUGGGCAACGCCGGCAUUGCAGAGGUGGAGCUGCCGGCGUCCUAUGCUGAACGCACGGAGAGGGCGACCAGGACGGCCCUGGAGCAGAGCAAAGCAGGAGGCGUGAAGAGGGAUGCAGUGGGGGGACUGGCCAACUCGGCGCUGCCGACCAACUUUAGUGCGGACUUCAAUCGACACAAGACGGACUAUGUGGCGGAGAUGAAGAGCCUGAACAAAGAUGAACAGCGCGAGCGGGGAUUCCGUACUGUCGGAAAGAACCAGGCUAGCGACGAUCGCGCCGUGUCACGGUUCCGCAAGUUCGAGAGUCGCAAACUGCGAUGA